AUGAGACAACAACUGGACGAGCUGACGACACGCCUUGUUUCGCAGGCAAAAAGAUCCACACAACUGGAAUCACAGUUAGCCGAGAUUCAGACUCGCCUCCACUUGGAGAUGGAAGCGCGUAGUCUUCAGCUCACAGAGUUUACUUCAGCUCGUGAAAGAGAACGCCAGGAGCUGCUUGAUCAGCAGCAGCGCCUGCUCAGCUCAGAGAUGCGACGAAGCGAAGAGGCUCUGGAGCGGGAAAAACAACGAGCUGCAGAUGAAAUCAAAAUACUUUCCCAAAAGGUAGAUUAUUUUGGUUUUAUGAGCAAUACAGAGAAUUCUUGA